CAUAUGUAUAUCAUGUAAUUUGAUGUAAUUCAUCUCUGAUUUCUAGACUUGAAAGGUAAUAUUUAAGUAAUUCGGAGAAAUUCUCGUAUGGUUCGCAACAGUAAUGACACAUAUGAAUUUUGGAUCAAAGUGGAAGGAAAUUGAAUUACGCGACGGAAAAUUUCUAAUAUCUGUCAGGGAAGAAAAUAAAACAUGGAGAAUACUGUUGACCGAUCUUGUAGAAAUUUGGUCGGAGGUAUUGGAGCAAAAGACAUUGUUAGCAAGAUGUCGGGAUUUAAAUCCUCUUUUGGGAGUGGACUCUUCUUGCAUGGAGAAAAUUAUCGAAAGAAUAUUAGAUGACAUUCCAAAACAUAGUACUAGUCAGUCAUCCGUCGAACGUAUAAUUUUACAUACCAUCAUAGAAGGUGGUGUAUUCAGAUUUAAUAUAGAUUUAACUAAGGGAACUGCUCGAGAAUUUUGGCGAGAAGUAACUAUGCCAAUGUAUCAAAUCACGGCAGAACUAGAUCGACGACAAAAGAUUUUAUUGGAUCUUGUGAAAAGAAAAGAUGAAGAGAUCGCCGAGUACGUCGCAACUGGUGCUGAAUUGAUCAGAAAGCAUAUAAAAACACAAGUUUUUCAUUCUGAUUUGUUUAAAACGGAAUCCCCCAUAUGUACUACCAAGGAUUCUUUAAAUAUAUUUCAAUCGGUGAUCUCGUCGUACAAUGAAAUAAAGGCAGAAACGGUACCCUUGAACGACGACAAGGAAUUACUAAUGAACAGCUCCAGAACUAUAAAAUCAGAGGAGCCACUUCUGCCGAUAAAAGUUGAGGACUGUGCUUCACAGUUAACGGAUGUAUCAGAAAAGUCUACCGCAAGUACCGCUACAAGUAGUUUGGAUGCAUCCGUUCAUAACUCUUCCGUAACUACUAAGAAGAACAAUCCAAGUCCAAAGGGGUUGGCAAAAACCUCAACGAGCAAUCCUUUAUGCUUAAGCAACUCCGUUACAAAACUACCAAAGAAGAGAAAAACGUUGUUCGAUUUAAUCUCUUGACCAAAGACACGCUCACUCUUUCAUAACGGCACACGCCAGAUUUAAUAAAGCAAUAUUUACACAUACAACAAAUGUACACGUCGUUUCAUCGGAUCACCAGAGAAUCGGCGCUCGCACGUUUUCCAAAGAAUUCAUGCGAGCAAGAUCCAAUCGCGACCCUCAUCGAAAAAGCUGUCGUACCGUUCCCCUUUGUGUCUCUUCACGACGGGAUCGUCUUAAACCGAGCGAAGCCCAUUUUCAGGAGUCUCCGGGAAGGAAUUCCCGAAAACGGUCGUCACCGAUCUGCGUGGAAAAAGGUGUCCAGUGUAGAGACAGUUGCGAAGAAAAGUAACGAGAGAGGAAGGGAAACCCAGGAGUUAAAAGAGAACCCUAUAAAAUCGUUUCUCAACGUUCCUCCGAAGACCAGCUUCGGAGAAAGAAAGUACAUCUCGUCGGAGGGCGGGAGACUAACGAGCCAGCGUCUCUCGGCGGAAGCGAACGAAAUCGACGUCUGCGAAGAACCGAUAAGCGAGUCCUCGUGCAUCUUGCGAAUCUUAUCCCGGAGCUCGGAAAAGCGAUCGUCUCGACGCGAAGCCUCUUUGGAUCCGACGAGAAAGUGCCGCAAGAAAUGACUCGCCUCGGUGGAAUCUAAAAAGGCCCCGAAGAGUCCUUAUAGACUCGCCGCAAGUUAUAAAUAUACAAAAGCAACAGUGAUAUAGUCGUGUAUACACCGUUUCGCGAUAGUACAAAGCCCGUCGGUCUUACCGAGGCCGCGAGGUAACGAGGAGCGAAAAUCGAGACUAUCGGUACACCCUGCUCGAUUCGUCAUUUCCACCGCUCGUUCGUCACCGCGACGGGUUCAUGCGCGGCCCUUCAGCUAUAUAAGCGUCUUACUUCAUACGUCGCUCGUCCGUUAAAUCGUUUAUAGGCACAAUGAAGGCGUUUUGUGUCUGCCAGCGUAAAUGAAGAUCACGAUUAAUGACAACGUUCCUAUCGGGGGAGCGAACGGUCUACGUUCUACCGUGAACUUCUUGUGCGAUCGCGACGUUUCCGGUCCUUCGGGAGAAGCGGCUCUACCGAGGGGAGACCUGCCCGUCAAUUUCUUUCGUCAAACGUAAAAAGAAAGAUCGAAUCCUCCAUUCGUUUCGAACGCACUCGAGACAAGCCGACGGACGCUAAAUUGCCGGGAAAUUAAUUCCGCAUUUUCUGCGCUAAAUUCUCCUCGAUUCCUGCGAAAUGUAUUAUCUAAUUUACGUCGCGAAAUCAAUCCCGAAGAAGAGGUCCCCGAAGCGCUUCGGCCGACCUCCUGGUCCGCGAAAUCGCGAGUUCCAUCACAAUGCGCUUGAAUACUUCUCGGUUAGCGAGGACGCGUAGCGGAAUGAGCAGCAAUCGAACGAGAUCUCGUAUUAGGCCAGAGAAAACGCCAAGCAAGGAUCGAGACGACCCCGGCAGAUUUUCCUCGUUCUCGAGGGAGUCUCCGCUCCGAUCCGUUUCCUUCCCAGGCGCGGUAAAUCCGCGAGAGUGCGCGAAUCAUCCCCUCCUGUCAUGUCUAGUAAGAAAAGGUCGACGUCCCGCAAUUGGCGAUCGGAGGAGAUAAUUGAAAUGCGUGCACAUACAUUACGAUGACACACUUAUCGCGAGAGUACUCUUGGACAAGCGUUGCUUCCAGAAGUCUCUAGAACUUCGGAGGUCUAGGUCCGGGUAGAGUCUACGUCAUGCUCCAGCAAAUGGCUCUACAGUCGAUCGGAUCUAUUUAAGACCAGACUGGACGAUGGAAAAAUUCCUUAAACAUAUGCGGCUUUUGAAAUGCGACAUUUGACACGAGACCUCUUCUCGUCACUUUUACAUCACCUUAAGCCACGACAAAUUUAAGGGACAAUUCUUAAUUUCAAUCCAUGAUGCGAAAAUUGUUUCGAACGGCUGUAGCGUAGCCACGGCCUUAAAGUUAAAAUUCGGAGACUCGCUCGGAGUCUCCUUAUGGCCGAAUCCUCGCGUAUCGUCGAUCGUCCGAUUGCUCGCCUCCACUCAGGGGUCGAUCGCACGGUCACGUCGAGGUUCACAGAUAAAAAGACGACAGUGUAAGUACAAAGAGUACGUGAGUACGCUUAACUAUCAUAUUAAGUAUAUACUCGGGGUGGCCGAGGCCUCGUGGACCUCCCUUCAAGGACCAGUCCUCGAGGUCUCGGUCCCUUGGUUGCUUCGGUACUGUGCAGCGUUAAUUGCUCGAAUCUUGGAGUGCGUGCAUGGUUUUGAAAUCACGGUUGAACCUUAAGGCGACAUAAAAAUGGCAUCAAAGAGUU